CAUAAUAAUUAUUUAAUCUACAAGGAAACGUAUAUUAUGCAUGUGAAAUGCCAAUUCGUAAGAAAAUAGAAAACUUACGUCAAAUCGCUUUUGAUCAUACUUUUAGUUUAAUAAAUCAAACCUGCCAAAAUAUUUGUAAGAAAUAUGAAUCCUAUGAUGAUGCAACAUGCGCAAAGGAAGUUUUGGAACUUAAUCAGUUUUUAUUUGCCAAUUUAUGUUCUAUAUUUUUAGAUGACAUGCUACAGAAAAGGGAUAAAUGCUUGAAUAUAAAAGAUCCAAGAAUAUUAAUUGCUACUUUAACAAACCCUUUGACAAGAUGUUUUAAAAUGGAAACACCGAGAGAUGCGUAUAUACCAAAACAAUUUUGGAUAUCCUUAAUUCACUCAUUAAAUAAUUUAGUUAGUUUAGAUAUGGCAUUGAUAUGUAAUGAUAAAUUACUGAGCGUUGUAGGGAAUUCAUGUCCUAAGCUAGAAUAUAUUAAUGCAACUUCUAGUUAUAAAAGAAUUCAAUCAGAUUUCAAUGCAUUGCUGCUAUCAAGGAAUGUAAGUGACAAAGGUUUGCACUGUUUGUUAAGCUGCCAGCAACUACGCAAAAUUGUCAUAGAUGAACCAAGAGGAAAAUUUACUCAUGGAAUUACUUACAAAGGAAUUGAAGAACUCAUUACAAAACUUAAAUUUCUAGAAGAAAUAAAUUUCACUGAUAUUGCUGCGAUAAUAAAUAAACCUUAUCUAAAAGGAGUAACAUUAAAACUUAAAAAUAUAACUCAAUUCAAAAUUUCAGUCCAAAAAAUAAAGAUAUUUGAAAAGACAUGUCCAAAUCUAAAAUGCUUAAUCUUAACAAAUUUUAGUGCUGAUGAGAAUGAAUCUUAUGCUGCUUUAGACUACAUGGCGGAGUCAGUAAUACAUUUAGAAAGUAUAAAGUUAUCAUAUUUUGGUUAUAAUUCAGCAGUUCAAAAAUAUUUUCAAAUGAAAGGAUCAUUUCUUACUUCUAUAAUCUUCAUUGGUGAUGCAGAAAGAUCAAUAGCAGCUGAAGACAUACAUCACAUAGGAAAAUAUUGUCCUAAUCUAAUGCGAUUACAUAUAGAAAAAAUAGCUUUUUUUGAUAACGGUUUAACUGAAAGUGUUUAUGAUAAAAAUAUGUUUAAGUUUAUAAAAACUUUACAUUUGUCCGGUCUCAGAUGGGAUGUUGAACAUAUUUUACCAUUAUGUCUUUCUAAUACUAUCUACAUAGAAAAAAUAUCACUCAUAAUCAAUGAUGAGAAUUAUAAUGAUCAUAAUCCUUAUCGUGUUGAAAAUGUUCUUGCAAAAAUCUUUAACAAAAAUACUGCCGCUCUGAAAUCACUAGAAUCACUAUAUUUAUACAAUCCUAUAGCAGUGACUGUAGAAUUUAUAACUUUUUUACUUGCAAAAUGUGAUAAUUUACAAGCAUUGAAUGUUUGGUGUGAGGAUCAUGAAAAAUGUUCAACAUUACAAAAGACUUUAAUUUCUGAUAAUUUUGAUAUAAAUUUCCAAUAUGAUUUAGAAUAA